AUGCCCCUCUCCCUAUCUGAACCUAUCAUUCCGCUAGAGUACAACCUGGAUCUCACCGUGGACCACGUAAAACCAAACUUCAAGGGCCAAUUGACUGUCCUCUUGAAACCACGCUCUGAAAACCAACAACCGUUCACCACAUUCAAGCUGCACUCGUCCCAACUUGUGAUAAGUAGUGCAGUAUGGCAGGGAACUACCAAAUUGUCCAUCUCCUAUGAUCAGAAACAGCAAACCGCCUCUUUCACUUCCGAAGAACCUCUUUGCUUCGACACUUCCUCUGGCUCUGCAAGAGCGGAGUUAAGCGUCACUUUUCUAGGCAGAGUGAAAACAAUCAAAACACACCGCGAACCAACCAUAGGACUGUUCAAAACCAAUUUCAUGAACGACUCCACUGGGAAGAGCGACUCGUAUGUCAUUGCGACGCACACCCAACCCGUUUUUGCUAGGACGCUCUUCCCAUGUUUCGACGAACCAAACUCAAAGUGUAAAUACACGCUCACCUUGACCACACAUAAAAGGUUCAAAGUUGCAGCAAACACGGCUAUCGUUGAGCAAAAAUCGUCCGACCAAGAUGACCAGUUGCAAACUGUCAAGUUCGCCACAUCUCCACUAAUGAACCCUUCUUUCUUUGGUUUUUGCAUUGGUGACCUACAAUUCUUAAAGUCCGAGAUCAAGUUAAACAGCAAAACCAUCCCUUUGCAGCUAUUCGCGCCACAGGGUAUUGCUCACGCAGCAUACAGUUUUGAUACCAUCAUAGAGACUUUGCCUCUUGUAGAAAAGAAGAUUGGGUUUGAUUAUCCACUCGACAAGCUAGAUGUCGUCCUUUUACCGUUCUUGUCAGAUAUGGCCAUGGAGAACUGGGGUUUGCUCACUUUCCAGAUGAACCAUCUCCUACUAUCACCACAAGCUUUGGCAGACCCCUCAGUCACCCAGCAAGUGAGACAAUUGAUUGGCCACGAAUUGUGCCACCAGUGGAUGGGUAACUAUAUCUCUUUCGAUUCAUGGGAAUAUUUAUGGUUCAACGAAUCCUUUGCCACUUGGUUCGCUUGUGACUUGUUUAAUGAUCAUGAUAAAGAUAACUACUGGGGGUCCGACAAUUAUUUCCUCCAAAUGGAGAAUACCAUCUCUACAGAAGCUGAUGAAAGUACGAAAAGUAUUGUUCAAGGUUCAUCGUUUGAUCCAGCAACUUUGAAUGCUACUAGUGACGCACUAAGCCAACAUCACUACAAUAAAGGUAUCUCUUUACUUAGAUCGUUGUAUGAAAGUAUUGGGAAGGAGCAUUUCUCCAAAGCCCUUUCACAAAUCUUUAACGAAACUAACUCCUUCCACGCUAAAUCCGUGAAACCAAUAGAUAUCUUUAAGAGAAUGGGCGAAAUUCUCAACUCAGAAAAUAUUCCAAACUUCUUCAGCUCUUGGACUAGAACUCCAGGUAUCCCAAUUGUUUCAGUAUCCAUUAAUGAUGAACAAACCACAUUAGAACAACAUCGUUUUAUUACAGAAAAAUCAGACAUUGAAGACGUUCCUUACCAUGUACCUAUUUUUGGUCUUCUACCAUCUGGCGAAAAAGAUGAAAAGAACGAUUUGUUAACAGACAGAACUUUGAAACUUCCUGGUCCUGAAUUAAUAAUCAACUCUGGCGCGAAGGGAUUGUACCGUGUUUCAUACGAAAGCGAGCAAUGCUAUCAAUUAAUUGGCAAUGCGAUCAAGACCCAUAAACUUUCCGAAAUUGAUAUAUUUAAAAUCUUUGUGGAUCUUCACGCAAUAAUAGGUACCGACUAUCAAAAAACAUCCCAUAUUAAUGGUUUGAUCACAUUGUUAAAAUAUAUUUCAUCUGAUAUUGAAUUGGACCAAAAUAUCUUACGUGGCCUAUCCGUUGGUUUAGACACUUUACAAACAAUCGAGAGUGCUCUUAGAACAUACAAACAUGCCUCUGAUGACUCAUUUACCACUGAAAUAUACAUGCCGCUAUGGAAAAUAUUAUCGUGGAACGAGUUGUCUUUACCGCCAUAUCAAUUACAAGUUAUGUCUAAAGUUAUGUUUGCCCUCAAGAAGCAAGACACUACUCUAACGGUUGCAAACCAGUUAAUGAAAAAGAUAAUGUCAGGACCAAACGGAAGUGUUCCUUUGGAGUUGUGCGGAAGUGUUUUCUCGACAGUUUCUUGCCACCAAAAGAGUGUAAAACAAUGGAAGAAACUUUAUGAAUUGGUCAAAUCAUCUAAAGGAAUUGAAACCCACAUCAAUGGAGGAACAUCUACUGAUAUCCAAAACUUGGCUCUUGAAAAUUUAGCAUUCAGCACAAAUGAAGAAUUGAUUGGAAAGACUCUCAAUUUUGUAAAAACAAACAUUACUUCAACCAGUGUUGAAAAUGCGUUAUUCGGUUUGAACUUUAAUUUCCAUGAACCAUUGGACGGUAAGACCAAUAAAUUAGUACGUGAUGUUUGUUGGGAUUGGUUCUCCUUAAAUUUUGACCAAUGGGCUCCAAAAUCUUUAAGAGAAGGUGUCGAAUCUCACGUAAGAAUGAAGAAAACCUUAGUUCAUAUUUCAUUUGUCAUUUUCCAAAUGUGGAUGGAUCAGCCAGAGAAAAUUGACGAAUUUGUCGUCAAGAAAACUGCAAUGUACGGUAAGAUUAUUGGUCUUGACCAAGUCUGGAAUAGUGUCAAAUCUAGUGAAAAAGCAAAAAUGAACAUUUACAAAGGCAUUCUUGGAUUUUGA